AUGCACUUCUCAACUGCCCUCGUUUCCGCGGCCGUGCUGGCCAUUGGCCCCAUUGCCGUCCAGGCCGGUAUGCCAAUUGCCAGUCUUCAGUUCCAAUCUUGGGAGACUUGCGACGUGGGUGCUCCAGCUCACGGUGAGCCCAAGUUCAAGGCCGAUAUCACCGCCACCCCGGUGACUUGUGAAAAAACCACCGUCAACCAUGACUGGAGCAUCGACAACUACGCCUUCAAGGCCUACAUCGACACCAAGGAUGCUCUUCUGUGCUCUGGUAUCUCUGUCUACAACAACGACAAGUGCUCCGGUGAACCCUCCUACUUCCUGCCCUUUGAUCGCCAGCCCGUGGUCCAGGGCGAAUGUCUUCCCGACUUCCUCGACCCUGGCUUCCUUUCCGUCAAGCUUGAGUGCUGGGGUUUCCCCGGUGUUGGCGGUGGGCCCGGCGGUGCUGAGUAA